AUGGAAAUGCUUCUGCUUUCAAUCCUUGGUCCUGCACUGCGUUGUCAAUGGCAACUGUCAUCAAACGAAGUUGCAGCCAUCACCACAGUAGUAUUCGUCGGCUACUUCAUUGGUUCUCCCAUUUGGGGGUACGUCUCAGACAAAUUUGGACGAUGGCCAACGGUUUUCACAGUUUUAUCAAUGAUCUCCUACUACGGGUUUCUCACCGCUGCGAGUCCCAACUAUUUGUGGAUCCUUGUGUUGCGGUUCAUGGUUGGGUUUGCCAUCGGAGGAGGGAGUAGCAGCUUUAUGCUUCUAUCGGAAUUUCUACCUGUGAAGCACCGGGCCAGAGUCUUGAUCGCCUUUCAGAUCUUUUGGGCCAUCGGAAGCACACUUGAGGUUGGCCUUGCCUAUCUCAUCUUGCCAAGAUUCGGUUGGCGGUGGCUGGUGUUUGCCUCCGCUGUGCCACUGACUCUUUUCCUCAUCCUCUUGAAGUUUCUUCCAGAAUCCCCGCGAUAUUUGGUUACAGCGGGCAACACAGCAAAGGCUGAGGUGGUGAUCAAGCAGCUAUUUGCAGCGAAUAGAACCAAACCAAUUGAUGGUCGUCUAAUUGCAUCUCCUGUCCCGGAAAGACAACUUGGCCAUGUAAAGCAAUUGUUCAGCCGGAUGUAUUUGUGUACUUCAUUAGUGCUACCGAUGUUGUGGUUUACCGCCGCAUUCAUUUACUACGGCAUUGUACUUCUGAGCGCAGAAAUCUUCCGAUUUCGUCAUGAAUGCUUUGGAGAAACAAGCCGUGCACCAGUAUUCUACAGCAAUUCUACACACAGUGAACUGUUACCCCCGAAGCUGGAUACCUCGUGUUGUAAAGAGCUGAGUGACGACGAUUUUAUUGCUAUGCUAAUCUCCUCUGUCGGGGAGUUUCUUAAUGCUCCACUAAUCAUUGUGGUGAUCGAUUUCUUCGGUCGCAAAGCUACUAUGGCUACGUGGAAUGGACUGACCGGUGCGAUGUUCUUUUUGCUCUACGUUUGUAUGUCCAAAAAAGCGAUGACCGGCGUGUUGUUUAUGGUGCGUGCUUUUACUGCCGGUCUGCUCAGUCUCACUUACUUGUACACAACUGAGGUUUAUCCCACCACUGUCCGAGCUAUUGCAGUCGGGUUAUUCAGCUCUAUCUCUCGGCUCGGAGCCAUCACCACUCCAUACGUGGCCCAAGUCAUGAUGCCAGAAGUUUCACAAAUCGGUGCCUUGGCAUUCUACGCUUCAGCUGGCUUAGUAUGCUGCGUGCUAAGCAUCCUGUUGCCAAUCGAGACAGCAGGUCGGGAACUCCCAAACACUGUUGAAGAGUCAAAAUCGGAGCCUCGAGAGAAGUAA